AUGCCCUCCAUAACCCAUAAGUAUAAAGCUGGUACUAGUGUAUUCUGUUUUGAACCCGAUCCAUCUAAAGCUAAGCUGAUAUAUUAUGCUAAGAUCAAACAGCUGUGCGGAUUUUCCACCAAUGGUCGCUCACGCGAACCUCAGUAUUUUGUUCACUUUCUUGGCUGGAAGAAUAAAUGGGAUAGAAAAGUGCCUGAGGAUCUUCUCAUGGAUAUAAAUCACUUUACUAAAAUGCUUAAACAAAAAAUCGAUGAACUUGCGGCAAAUAUCAAACAUAAAGAGCUCAGAAAGGAAAGGAUAGACACCGUCUUAAUGAAUGCUGCGAAGGCUAAAGACGAUAUCGAUUGGGAUACUCUACCUGGAACUUGGCAGAAGGAUGAAAAACCGAUUAAGUCAAGAACGUCAAAUGCUUCAUCCACUGGGGAAUCUCAUCAGUCACAGGAUCUUUCAGAAUCAAUUGAGGAGACAGACGUUGAUUCUGAAACUGCGGCAAGAGCUAAAUUCGAAUCUCUUGAUGCUCAUUUGAAUUUCGCUCCAGCUAUCAAGCUACCCAGAACUCUGAAAGUUCUCCUCGAUCGACAUUACAUUUCUCUAGCUAGAUCAGCGUCAUCGGUGCCCUGUUGGUGCUCAGCUUUAUAUCUUCUUCAAACUUAUCUUAAUGGAUUCCCUUAUCUGAACGCCAUUUUUCGUGAUCGAUUCUCUCGAUCUGUGGCAUCGGGCUAUGCGAAGGCAGAUAAAAGCAAGCUGCUUUGUGCUGAAUUCUGCAGUUCUGUGAGAAUUCUCUUUGAUGCUUUGCUGGAACAGUACUUCUUUAAAACUGACGAGGAUAGAAGACAUCAGAAUAUGGCUGUGAAUGGUCCAGAGAUUCCUGUGAGAGGUCUUUAUACCAUUCUUCCCAAAGAGGAGAUCGCCAAGGAUCCCUCUCUACCCUGCAUCAAUUACGGUGCUGUCUACAUUCUUCGACUUCUCCAAAAUCUUCGUGAUCUAAUUAAUCAGAUGCCCCUGAGUCAAUGCCGUCGUUCAGUAGUCCUACGUCACCUCUAUCUCUUUAUUGCCUACCUGGAUCAGACAAGAGAUUUUUGGUUCACAUCCACUCAACCAGAUACCCCUGCUCCUCGCAAUCCCACCUCAGCCACAGCAUCAGUAGCCAAUGAAGCCUGCGCCAUGUCCGCUUUUGAAGAUGUUGUCAACUUUGUCAUGACUACUUCUCCUCCCUUUUCUCCUACUCAGACCUCUUCACCUGCUGUUCCCGCAGUUGUGUCGAGUGGGAAUAAACGAUCCAGACCUCUGGAUAUGACCAGUUCUCCUGCUGCUGCUGCUGCUCCACCGCUGAAGCGACAGCGAAAGAUGUCCUUGUCUGUAUCUACUUCCGAAGCAGAAGUCAAUGGGAAUGGUGCUAAGAGGAAAUCUAAUGAAAACUCCCAAGGUAGGUAUUGUGUGUGUGUGUUUUUUCCCUCUGUUCUUUCGAGUAUACAUUCUAUCAGAAGACACCAAAACGAAUGCUAA